CAGAUCUGCCUAACAGACAGUAGUUGUGCCAGUUAUGAGCGACAGACGUUAGCAGUGUAUGACUAUUUUCUGUUCUGCAUGUGUCGCGGUGUAACAUAUUUACGAUGAGUACCUACGUAUCUUCAAUGAGAAACAAGAACGCUAGCGUGAAUUUAGCCUAGCUGUUAUUAUUUUUACCUACUGCUGUCACGCCAUCAUCAUCAUCACCGGGGACAUCCGGCUGCGAGCGGACAGGUCCUGCAUGAGGUUGUUUUUAGAUCACUGAAGCAAUGGCCAGUACCAGUGAUCUACAGUUCCAAGAGUUUGACGAAGCAGCAGAGCUGUUGUCUGCAGACCCGGGGGCUUUAACACUCAGUAUGUCAGCCUCAAACACCACCACAACAGAAGCAGCAGGAGCAGGAGGAGGAGCAGGAGCAGCAGGAGGAGGAGGAGGGGAGGAUGUAAAACUAGACCUCUCAGAGGAUGAAGAGGGUCAGGAGGAGAGUUCAGAACUCUUAGGAGGACAGAAACCAACUGGUGGCUUCUGGACCUUUGGGUACUAUCAAUCUUUCUUUAAUGUGGACACAGUGCAGGUGCUGGACAGAGUUAAGGGGUCAGUGAUGCCAUUACCUGGAAGAAACUUUAUCAAACACCACCUCAGGAGUAAUCCAGAUCUGUAUGGUCCAUUCUGGAUCUGUGUGACUCUGGUGUUCUCAGUAGCGAUCAGUGGGAACUUGUCCACCUUCCUCAGUGAGAUGGGAAACCCUUCCUACCACUACAGACCACAGUUCCACAGAGUGACGAUAGCUGCAGUAGUGAUCUUCAUGUAUGCCUGGCUUGUGCCGAUUGGUUUGUGGGGUUUUCUGACCUGGCGGCAAGGGGCUGAGAGGCAGAUUGGAGGCUAUUCUUUUCUGGAGACUGUGUGCGUCUACGGCUACUCCCUCUUCAUCUAUAUCCCCACCUCGGUUUUGUGGAUCAUUCCAUUUGAGUGGUUGCGCUGGACACUGAUCCUGGUUGCCAUGAUGAUCUCUGGCUCAGUCCUGGUCCUCACCUUCUGGCCUGUUGUCUGUGAUGAUACAAAGGUGAUGGCAGUUGUUACAGUUGUGACCAUAGUGGCUUUGCACACGCUUCUGGCGAUUGGCUGUAAGAUGUACUUCUUCCAGACAGCAGCCUAUGUUCCAAGACCGGCCCCCACAACCCCUCCAAUUCCCAUAACAAUGGCAACCAAACACCACUGACCACUGACCACUGACUCAAUGCUCACAUGAUGAAACACUGUAAUUUGUCGUGUGUGUGUGUGUGUGUUGGGGGACAUCUAUUCUGGUAUGUGAUCUAUUCUGAGGGUGUUCCACUGUGACUGUAGUAGCACUUGUUCACUGCAAUAAUUGUACAUUUCUACUGUGAUGUUUCAGGAUGUGGUGCAUUUUAUUCAUCUCGCAUGGCUUUCAUAACACAUGAAUUCCCUUAAAGAUUCAAACACAAGAUCAGAAGAGGAUGAUAUUAGAAAUUUUCAUCAGUCGAAGGGAAAAACUUUAAGACUCCCACACCAAAUAAAACCAUGUUGCUACUGAUCAUUCUUUCUUAUGAGAUAUUAGAUGGACAAUAAACACUUAGAGAAAAACUUCAGAACAGGCUGUGGCAUCUUAUCAGUACUUUUUAGUUGAAUAAAUCCAUUGUUGGUUGGCAAAAUAAAGGUGCUCAUCCAAAAAAGGUGAUGACAAGCCCAUCUAGUUUGUGAAGGCGUAUGAAACUCACUAAAGCUGUUGAAACUAACAUUUUUGAGAACAAUAAAACUAGGGCUGCUGCCAUGA